AUGAGAGAACCAAAACUUUAUAUGAAUGGGGACAUAAACCAAUUUUUCACAAGGACAAAGGGUGCAUUAAAAACUGCAAAUAUAGGGGAAAAACAAGAAAAUGAGGUACUCAAAGCAGAGGAAAGGAGUAGUUCAUCCUCUGCUGGAUCAUCACCUAGGCAAGCACGAGGGUCACGGAGUGCAUCGCCAUUGAUAGAUGGUAUCAUAGUCUCGGACACCUCGGAGCUCUACCAUGCUCCUACAAAGCUGAUUGAGACCAAUGUUGGAGAUUAUCCUCCUAUAAGAAACUUUGAAGACUUAAAGUAUGUAUGUUAUUCAGAGACCACAAAGCUAUGGGUAAUUGCAGGCCCUAUAGCGUUUAACAUUUGGUGCAAUUAUGGGAUCAAUUCGUUUACGAAUAUCUUUGUUGGGCACAUUGGAAAUGUGGAGCUCUCUGCCGUUGCCAUUUCCCUGUCUGUCAUUGCAAACUUCUCUUUUGGCUUCUUGCUUGGUAUGGGAAGCGCAUUGGAGACAUUAUGUGGUCAGGCAUUUGGUGCUGGGCAAGUGGACAUGCUAGGCGUGUAUAUGCAGCGUUCUUGGAUAAUUCUAUUUGUCACCUGCUUCUGUAUAUUGCCCCUUUACGUAUUCGCCACGCCAAUCCUAAAGCUCCUUGGACAAGAAGAUGACAUAGCAGAACUUGCUGGAAAGUUCUCUAUACAGAUUAUCCCUCAAAUGUUUUCACUUGCUUUAAACUUUCCUACGCAAAAGUUUUUGCAGGCGCAGAGCAAUGUUGGAAUUCUGGCAUGGCUUGGUUUUGUGGCUUUUAUUGUACACAUUGGCAUCCUAUAUCUCUUCAUUGAAGUGUUUGGUUGGGGUACUGCUGGUGCUGCUGCAGCCAUUGACAUCUCGGCGUGGGGCAUUGCUUUGAGUCAGGUGGUUUAUGUUGUUGGUUGGUGCAAGGAUGGGUGGAAGGGAUUGUCAUGGUUAGCCUUCAAGGACAUUUGGCCCUUUGUGAGACUCUCCAUUGCUUCAGCUGUGAUGCUUUGCUUAGAGAUUUGGUAUUUCAUGACGAUAAUUGUUCUCACUGGACACCUUGAUAAUCCUAUUAUUGCAGUUGGUUCCCUUUCAAUCUGCAUGAAUUUGAAUGGGUGGGAAGGCAUGUUGUUUAUUGGCGUAAAUGCGGCUAUCAGUGUUAGGGUUUCCAAUGAGCUUGGAUCUGGACACCCCAGAGCAGCAAAAUACUCUGUCAUUGUCACAACCGUUCAGUCUCUCCUCAUUGGGAUUUUCUUCGCAACCAUAAUCUUGGUUACUAGAGACCAUUUUGCUAUCGUCUUUACUGACAGCAAAGACAUGCAGCGUGCUGUUUCUCGAUUAGCAUUCCUUCUUGGCAUAACCAUGGUACUUAAUAGUGUGCAGCCAGUUAUAUCAGGUGUUGCUGUUGGAGGAGGCUGGCAGGCUUUAGUGGCUUAUAUAAACUUGUUUUGUUACUACAUUGUAGGGCUCCCUUUUGGCUUUCUUCUCGGCUACAAAACUAAAUUAAGGGUGGAGGGAAUCUGGAUUGGCAUGAUAUUUGGGACAUUCUUGCAGACAUUGAUCCUCUUGUUUAUCACUUAUAAAACCAACUGGAACAAGGAGGUAGAACAAGCAUCGAUACGGAUGCAGAAGUGGACCGGACAAGAUGAAGGAUUUGAUAAAAUUUAAAGCUCGGGUGCCACCUUUGAUUUUCAGAAUUCCAUACUAGUAAU